AGUUGUUUAACCUUCGUCAUGCAUCAUUACGCAACGCAAUUGAACGAGCAUUUGGUGUCCUAAGAAAGAGGUUUCCUAUUAUUAGAAGUACAGCGGAACCAUUUUACUCGUGCGAAACACAGUCUGGCAUCUUUUUGGCAUGUUGUAUUUUACACAACUUUUUACUAUAGGAAGACCGUGACAAGGAUCUUGAAGAUGAGGUCAUACAAGAGGUGUUAGAUGGACCACAAGAGGAAGAAAGUCAAAUUACAAGAGAUAUACGUGAGGGUAGUACGAGAUCUGAACAACUAAGGAACUCAAUUGCAAAUGAAAUGUGGACUAACUAUUUGACUUAUCCAAACAAUGAAAUAGAUAUGUCAAAGUAGUUUUAGAAUAGUACAUUAUAGUAUUUCAUUUCGAUUUUGUAUUGACUGUUAUGGUUUCAAUGAAUUGGUGACUUUGUUCUUUUUUAUUAGCAUGUGCGUAUAGUAAUUUUAUUUAACAUAAGCAACCAUUUACAUAAGUACACAUUUGAAUUUAUUUAUGUAUUACUAUGUAGAAAGUUAUCAUGAGCAAACACGAAGCCACCGGAAAGAAGGAACAAAUAAAGUGGACGGAAAGUAUGGAUAAUAUAUUCAUACAAUCCAUGAUAGCGCAAUAGGAUAUGGCAAUAGGAUUAAUGGCAGUUUUACUUCACAAGCAUACAACAAUAUGAUUGAGGAGCUGAACACAAAGCUUCAAAUUGAAUUGACCAAAAAACAUUUGAAGAAUCGUUUAAAAACAUUGAAAGAGCAUUUUUCCCAAUGGUACGACAUGUUUCGUGGAACGUCAUUGAGUGGAUUCUCAUGGAAUUCAGAAACUCAAUUAAUUGAAGCCGAGGAUGAAGUCUGGGAUAAAUUAAUAGAAUCAAAGCCUGAUGCUGCGGCAUUGAAGACAAAGAAAGUCUCAAACUUCAAUGAAAUGCUACAACUAUUUGCAAAAGACAGGGCAACCGGUGCACAUGCUGAAACAGCCAAAGAACGAAAUGCCCGACUGAAAGAAAAUGACAGCAUUAACAUAGAAACAAUUCCAGAAGUUGAUGACUUCUGCGCUGCUAAUGAUGUAGUUCUGGAGAGCCAAUGCAAUACUGAUGAUGAUAUUCAAGUGCUACAUCCUACGUCUUCUCGUGCAAAGAAAUGUAAGAGUAGAAAAAGAAAAGUUGAACAACAAGAUGAAGAUUUAACCUCUAUUAUUAUGAAUGGCGUUAGCGGUGUGGCUAAUGCUAUUUUAGAAGGCAAUAAAAUACUUGAAAGAGCUUAUCAUCGCGAGUACACUGUUGAAGAAAUUUAUAAUGAACUGGAGCCAUUGGGUUUGGAUUCCCAUGAAAUACGUGGAGCUUUAAAUUACUUGGCAACCAACCAAGCAAAAGCAAGGAUGCUAUUUAGUUGUCCUCCUCUGAUACGGUUGGGUUUACUAAGAGAUAUGAUGGGUUCCGGUAACUAAGCGAGUUUAGGAUGCUUUUGUCUGGUAGAAGUGCUACAUCCUUUUUUAGUAACUUUUAUUUCUUUGUUGGGUAUUUUAUUAUUGCUUAUGGGUCUUGUGAUUGUUUAUGAUGCUUAAUUACAUUAGGUCUGGGAUUGUUUAUGACUCUAAAUUACAUCAGUCUUGGGUCUGUUUUUUUUAC